GGAAAAUCCAUGCAGGAAAUACGCUACCCGGAGACUAAUUCCGUAUCCAGUACAUAGCCGUAUGAGUAGUGGGAUCGGCAAAUGUUUUCCCUUCAAGGAGGAAUUCCCGAUUUGCUCGCCAAAUGGCACAAUUCCCACACAAUUUCGUGCAUCGUAUGCAUGCAACUGUGCUAUGACGCAUCUCAAUGCGGACAGAAAAACAAUACAUUAUGCAUAGCCUUUGUUUCAAGAACCGGCUCGCACCACAACAAUCUCUUGGAAUUCGGUGUGGGCGGAAAAUAAGGAGCCCGCACCGACACAUUCCUGAAUACCAUAUAAAUAUCCCCUUCUCGCUGCUAGAUAAAAAUAAAUUAUACCCAGAGCCUUUCUCUUUCUUCUUUAAGUAUAACUCAGUUUACCUCUACCACUCGCUUAUUACAAUGAAGUUCUCUACUGUCGCUUUAGCCUCUGCUGCCUCUGCUUCUGCUCUUUACACCAACGUCACCGUUUCCUCCGGUGUCCUUGACCCAGGUAACACUGUUGCGCUCAUCGCUCCAGAAACCACCUUGGUUCUUACCAUUGGCAACCAGACCACCACCGCCACCACCGGUUACACUGUUAUCACCACCACCGUUGACAAUGUUGUUACUGAGUACACCACUUACUGUCCACUCACCCAGACCGGUGUUGUGAAGACUGUCGAGACCGGUGUCACUGUUGUCACCAAGACUAUUGGCGGUGUCGUUACUGAGUACACCACCUACUGCCCACUCACUGCUGGUGUCUCUAAGACCGUCAUUGCCACCACCUCCAUCAUCCCAGCCAGCUCCGCUCCAGCUGUUGUUGUUCCAGCCACCACCGCUCCAGCUGUCGUUGCUCCAGCCACCACUGCCCCAACCACUGCUGCUCCAGCUCCAGUCACCUCGGCCCACGCCACCACCGCAGCCACUUCGGCCCACGCCUCCUCUCCAGCCGUCGUCUCCACCCACACUGGUGCCGCUAACGCUUUGGCUGCCAACGUUGCUCUCGGUGGUGUCUUUGCCGCUGCCGCCGCUUUGAUGUUGUAAGAAGUAUUUAUCUUUCCUAUCUGACGUACAAUGUCUAUUGAUUUUUGUAAACUAAUUAACAUUUCUUUCGACAAUUAUUGUAAGCUCAGUUUCCUUAGUCUGUAAACUAGCGACCGUUGUUGGAGGGGGAAUUUUAUCCAUGGUGCAUGGCACGGCCAGGCUUCAGGCAGGGGUAACUAGUGCCUCAGAAGCUUAUUGAAUAUCUCCAUUCCGAGCUUAAGAAAAUGCCACAGCUGCCUGUUAUUGAGCUUCCAAAAGAGCCACAUGCACUACCAACAGUCAUAUACCCUUUACCGGUUACAUAGAUAGGUCACUGGCUGC